UCGAGUCCGAGAGAAACCUGCGGUUUAAUAUUACUGAAAUGGAAGGAAGAAGAAAAAGAAAGGAAGGAGGCAAAGCGAACAAGGUGAUCCUGCGUUCAUAAGGUUUGCAUUCUGACCUGCAAGCCAAUGUAAGUCGAGUUGAGUGACUGCGUGUGAAAGGGACCACCACCAUCCUCAUGUCCUAUGGAGGAGGCUUUCACGGACGCACUGAGCGUGUCCGCCAGGCGCCGUAUUAUGACCAGGUUCCGCACGAGUCCCUGCCCCGCCCAGAGUCCUACGACCUGCGGCCCCUGAGGGAGGGGAGGGCCCCUCACCUGGCAAACAGCUCAGACCCACUCCCUCCUCCCCCUCUGCCUGAUCAGCCCCCAGUCGGCCCGGAGUUUGAUCCCAGCGGCAGCGAGGGUGACACCGAACCGGAGCCGGACCCGGCCAUCGACAUCAAGCCAGUCCACCGCUUCAUCCCAGAUUCCUGGAAAAACUUUUUCAGAGGAAGCAACCGCAGCAGCAAGAAGGCCUGGUCCAUGCCUGAGUCCUCAUGCAACAACAACAACGGCAGCACCACUGACGGGGUGCGCUGUUCCCCGCCUCACUCCCCCUCCCUCCCUGGAUCAUACCGGGAUCCGUACGGCGGCUCCGGCGGCAGCUACAACUCCCGCAAGGAGCUCCUAGACGGACACGACGUCCUCGGCUCUGUGUCGGGACACACACACCACACGGCUCUGACGUACAGCGAGCGGGUGGAGGAGUACCACCAGCGCUAUGGCUACAUGAAGUCGUGGGCGGGGCUACUGAGGAUCCUGGGCUGCGUGGAGCUGCUGCUGGGAGCAGCUGUGUUCGCCUGCGUCUGCGCUUACAUCCACAAAGACAAUGAAUGGUUUAACAUGUUCGGAUACUCCUCUCCUGGCGGAGCGUAUGGCGCAGGUUAUUACGGUGGCGUAUCGAGCGGAACGUACUACACCGGACCCAAGACUCCGUUUGUGUUGGUGGUGGCAGGACUGGCCUGGCUGGUGACCGUAAUCAUGCUGGUACUGGGGAUGACCAUGUACUACCGAACCAUCCUGCUGGACUCCAACUGGUGGCCCCUGACGGAGUUCGUCAUAAACCUGGCUCUGGCGGUGCUGUACAUGGCGGCAGGCAUCGUUUAUGUCAGAGACACCAACCGAGGAGGACUGUGCUCCUACCCGGUCUUCAACAACGGUAUCAACGGGGUCUUCUGCAGAAUUGAGGCUGGUCAGACCGCAGCCAUCAUCUUCCUCUUUGUCACUAUGGUUGUGUAUCUGAUCGGGGCCAUUGUUUGUCUGAAGCUGUGGAGGCACGAGGCCGCCCGCAGGUACCGGGAGAGGUACGGCCAGGAGCCUUCUGAUCUGCGUGCCGUGCAGUCCCUUGUGGUUCCUGAUUCUGCUCCGGCUCCCAGAAUUCCAGAGCAGGUCCAAGGCUCCUCGGUCGUUCCCAUCCAAGCUGCACCGAAGAAACUUCCUCCGAAGGUUGUGCAGGGAGCCAUACCGUCAGGAUAUAUCCCAAAACCUGUCGUCGUCCCGGAUUACAUUGCGAAAUAUCCGGUGAUCCGGUCUGAUGAAGAGCGGGACCAGUACCGAGCUGUGUUCAACGACCAGUACGCAGAGUACAAGGAGCUCCAUGCAGAUGUUCAGGCCACACUGAAGAAGUUUGAUGAGAUGGACGCCAUGAUGCACAGUCUGCCUCAGCAGCCCACAACCCAGAUGGAGGUGGAUCGCAUCAACAGGAUCCUGCAGGACUACCAGAAGAAGAAAAAC